CUCCUCUAGUCACAUUCCGCCAUUUUCAUUUUCGACAGAGUUGUGUGGAGAUCGGUCGCCAGUACCUGUACAGGAACAGCACAUAGCAGGUGCGGUGUUCAGACCGACAAUACAGCGGCACGUCCGUGCAAGCGUAGCACAGUUAUCUGAGGAAAGCCGCGCUUGUUUGGCUAAAAAGCUGGGUAUGUGCACCCGAUCCUGUCAUGACAGGAUCAGAUCACAGGCUUUAGACGUGCCAAACGACCAAUACAGUUAUUUGCAUCGCUGACUAGAUAAAGUAGUCCUUGCUUAACCCAGAGGUCGUGGAGCUGACCGGAUCUGUAGUUUGUCAUUCUCAUUUUUCCAGGAAGAAGACCAUGCCGUCAUUCGAGGAAACUUGGGUACAUCGCGUAGGAGAUGUACACAAGGGAGACCAACUUGUGGUUAAAAGAGGAGACAUCAAGCAUCACAUGAUUGUAACUGAAGACCCCACAAAUCUUAGAGAAGUACAUGUGAUCCAUUAUUACAACGAUACUUGGCCUGGUGUAAGGGGAGUAUGUGCAUGUUGUGGUAAGUCAGUGGUUCCUAUCGCUGAAGUUCGUGAAGACGUGGAGAAUAUUGCCUCAGACGUCAGUAAGGGAAGAGUGUACCGCAUAGAUUGGCAUAACAAAACCUUCUCACCCGAUGAAACCGUGCAGAGAGCUAAGAGCAGGCUUGGUGAAGGGAAAUACUGUCCGUUUACAAACAACUGUGAGCAUUUCGGCACCUGGUGUAAAACAGGCCGAGAGGAGAGCUUACAGAGUCAAGCAGUUUGCAAGGAAGGCGUGAAAGAAAUUGCAAAAUCUGCAGUAAUUCGAGGGGCAAAGCAAGUAGCAAUGGAGGGGGCUAAAACUGUCAUGAAAGAAGGCGCAAAGCAAGUAGCAAUGGAGGGGGCUAAAACUGUUGUGAAAGAAGGCGCAAAGCAAGUAGCAAUGGAGGGGGCUAAAACUGUUGUGAAAGAAGGCGCAAAGCAAAUAGCAAUGGAGGGGGCUAAAACUGUUGUGAAAGAAGGCGCAAAGCAAGUAGCAAUGAAGGGGGCUAAAACUGUUGUGAAAGAAGGCGCAAAAUCAGUGGCGAGGGAAUGGGUAAAGCAGGUAGCAAGGGAAGAGGGUAAAGCAGUCAUGACAGAAGCAGGGCAUGGCGUAUUAAUGCAAAUGCUACCGGUACUUGAUCCAAACUUCAUGAUGCGCCAGGUGUUUGCGAAAAGCCAUGCUAUGUUGGACCCGGCUUUGGUCGAUGUUUUCCAACAUACACUAGUGAAGGAGAGCUCGAAACAAUUGGCAGAAGAGGGGGGUAAAACUGUCAUGAAAGAAGGUGCAAAAUCUGUGGCGAAGGAAGGCGCAAAGCAGGUAGCAAGCGAGGGGGGGAAAAAUGUCGUGAAAGAAGGCGCCAAAUCAGUAGCUAAAGAAGGGACAAAGCAGGUAGUAGGGGAGGGAGCUAAAACUGCCACAAAGACAGCAGCGAAAGAAAGUACUAAGACAACAGCGAAAGAAAGUGCUAAGACAGCAGCGAAAGAAAGUGCUAAGACAGCAGCGAAAGAAGGUACCAAAGCUGCUGCCAAGUCAGGAGGAAAAUCUUUCGGUAAGAAAAUAAUUGAAAACCAGGGGAAAAUCGGCAUUGCGCUAACAGUGGCAGAGGAAAGCUAUUACUUCUUGAGCCGCACUUCGGAAUCUGUGGACAAAUUGAAAAAUGGCAUGAUUUCCGGAAGAGAGUUUGUGGCAGAGGUAGCUACCCAUGCUGUUAAGGGUGUCGCUUCUGGUACCGCCACAGUUGUUGGAGCUACCUUAGGGCAAACAUUGAUUCCUAUACCGGUUGUUGGUAGUGCGAUUGGAGCGAUGAUUGGAAAGGGAGUUGUAGGGUUAGGUGGAUGGCUCCUGGGUCUUUAGAUUAUCUAAAGACCCAGGAGCCAAUCUGAUUAUACAGCCUUCGCUAUACCUAUAAAGAGGAGAUAAUCCAUGCAGAGUUCAAAUAAAAAUCUUAGAGACUGCAUAUGUUAAAGAAUAGUUAUACAUCUAAUGUUGCCACUGACAUAUAUUCUGUACCUGGUUUGCCGCAUACAUAUAUACUGUAAGUAGGAUGACAUUAUCCAUAUGUGUUUAUUGGCUGUAUCAGAUGGCUACAUACAGUAUACAAUAUGCUUUAGUUUGGAACAUUACAAGCUGUAUGUAAUUCAGGACUGUACUAUUUUGAUUUGAAAUGGCUGCAGUGUUGUAUGUUUUAGUUUGGAAUAUUAUAUGCAGUGUCUAAUUGAAGUGUAGUGUUACAAACAUUCAUCGGAAUCUGAUCAUAUGAUGUAAGACAGCUGAUAUCCCGAAUUUUCCUAAUUCAUAAAUAUGAAUGUUAUUUUUAUUUGAGUGUUGCAUCUAUUAAUUGCAUGUAUUAGUGUUGCUCACUUUGAAUGAGAAGAAUAGAAAGCUAAUGUGUUUAUCAAAUAUUGCAUUUUGUGACUGAAUAAACCCUUCAUGAUUGUGGGAAAUCUGUUUGGUUUGCUUCACAUUGGUUUGUUCCUUUGUACCAAAUAUAUGCUUUUCACACAAACUUCAUGGUGAUUUUAGAAGGUCACAAUUUUCAUAGAAUAUAUAAAUUGUAAUGAAUAAAGAAUACUGUGAGACGUUUAGCCCACAGAAGUAACUGCUUGGCUGGUUACGCGUUAGGCAUCAGAAAGAAUGUUUAACUCCAACAAAUGUAAGAUAUGGGUCAAUGCAUUUUCAUAUCUUUUGAUACCUUUCUUGUGAUCCGCAUUCCUCUCCCUUUCUUCUUGGAUGAAGACGAACAGAACACAAAAGAAACGAAACUGAAAAUACGCAACCACAGAACCGCAGAUACACGCAGAAGACGCGGAGACAGCUGAGUUCUGUAUCUGCUUGGAGAUAAAAUUCCCCAGCACAUUAGUGAGGGCCUGCAUGGGGGGUCCCGACAAUGCUCUACGAUGGAUUUUGAGAGCUACGUAUCACGCUGAAUUCAGGAAGCCUCCACGUUACGUUUUACAAUAAAAUUCCGGGUAGCUACAACGCAUUAUGUAGAAUCAAAACGGCAAAUUACGCUCUACGAAAAUGCGCCGUACGUUGA